AUGGAAGGAAAUACACUCAGAGGCAGAAAUACAUCCUACGAGGUGACUUAUUUCAUCCUGUUGGGCUUCCCUAGUCGCUGGGAAAUACAGAUCUUCCUUUUCUCCAUGUUCUUUAUGACUUACAUCUUGACUCUGUUUGGAAACAUGGCCAUCAUGUGUGCAGUUCACUGGGACCCCCGGCUCCACACACCCAUGUACAUCCUGCUGGCCAACUUCUCCUUCCUAGAGAUCUGGUAUGUCAACUCUGAUGUGCCCAACUUGCUGAUCAACUUCCUCUCAAUGGCAAAAACCAUCUCCUUCACUGGGUGCCUCCUCCAGUUGUACUUUUUCUUCUCUCUGGGCACAACUGAAUGUCUGUUUCUCUCCAUCAUGGCCUAUGACCAGUUCCUAGCGAUCUGCCGCCCCCUGCACUACCCCACCAUCAUGACUACGAAGUUCUGUUACAGGCUGGUCAUCUUUUGCUGGGUCUAUGGUUUCCUCUGGUUUCUGAUUCCAGUGAUACUUAUCACCCUGUUGCCGUUUUGUGGACCAAAUGUGAUUGAUGACUUUCUGUGUGACCUUGGUCCCCUGCUGGCCCUAGCUUCGGCCUGUGUCCCAAUCCCAGGGACUGUUCUCAUAUGUGGCACCAUGAGCUCCCUCCUCAUCUUUUCCACCUUUUUCUAUAUUAUCAGCUCCUACACCCUGGUGCUGAGAUCUGUCAUGCAGGUGCCCUCCUCUGCUGGCUGGAAGAAGGCCUUCUCCACCUGCUCUUCACAUCUGGCUGUUGUAUGCCUCUUCUAUGGCUCCAUUAUGCUGACGUAUGUGAGCCCAGGGUCAGGACAACCAGAGGGCAUGCAGAAGUUUACAAAGUUGUUCUACUCGGUUUUGACCCCUUUAUUCAAUCCAGUGAUUUACAGCCUCCGGAACAAAGAAAUGAAGGAUGCCUUGAAGAAAGUUCUGGGAGAUUUCUAA